UAUACACUUGCGGAGUACCUGUAACUGCACUUAUUACUCUGGGGUUGUCCUGAGCUCCCCUGUAACAUCAGAUCUAUCACGGGUCCAAUGUACAAUAUGGGUGGCUGGCCACUGGACCACUGCAAAGGGGUGCUAUAAGGUAGGUAGGGACGGAGUGUGAGGAAGGUGAGUGUUGAAGCCUCGUACCACAGUCUCGUUGAAGGAAUUCCUCAUAUCUUCCCUCCUGAUCUAUAAAAUCUACAAAGUGCACAAUUUCCUACGAAUCACGCAUUUUGCAGCACCAAUGUCUGGUCUCGACGAAAGGACACACGUGUACACACACCUAUGGUCAUUACCAAGCUUGAUUUUCCAACACGAAAAAAGGUCCGCCCGCAGGCCUCGAAACGUUGUCCUUUGGCAAAGCAAAGCAUUUCUCUCUGUCUGUCUUUUACACACACACAUUGAUCUUGUCUGGCCAAUGUUGGACGGCACUCCAACCCCCCUCCAGGGAGGGCCUUUAGGCACUCGUAUCCAAUGCCCUCAAAAGCUCAUCCGUGACCAAGAUACGCCCAGAGCCCAAUCCGGGCACAAAAAGAUUGUAGCGUCGUCUGUCGGCCACCACCUCGGCGCUCUCCACCAGAGCCUCCCACUCCCUCCCGUCCUCGGUGUAUCUGACGCGUUCUCCGGGGCGAAACCGGACCUUGACGAGCGACUCUCGUCGCCAGACCGCCCUCGCUUGACCGCCGGCACAGGUUGGCACGAAAUGGUACGCCAACCCCACCCCUUCAAUCUCCAGCGUGCCGACCAUCAUGUAGAUGGAGGGCGAGUCGAGGAGGAGGAGUCGUGGCCGCGGACCCGGACCACCGCCACCACCGCCACCACCACCACCGACUUGCUGCGGCGGCGGCAGCAGCAACUGGGCUGGACGAAUGGUGUCGGUAGACACGAUGCUGUUUCCAAGCAUGUCCAGAAUGAAAACCUCGUCUCCGACUCUGAUCCUCUCCCGUGGCCCCUGCCCAAGGACCAUGCCUCUCCAGGAAGAUGAAGUUUGCACAGCGACGUCCGAGUCUGCCUGGUGCGAAUUGCUGCUGCUGCCUUGAUGGCCCUGCUGCGGCGAGUCUGCUGUCGUAGUUGUCGUCGUCGUCGUCGUCGUCCGUGUGAGCCCUGUUUGAGAUGUUGAUGAUGAUGUAGUAGCGACAACGGAUUCUUGAUGGAGAGGAGGAGGCGCAGGAGGAGUUUGGAUGAAGAGUUCGGGUGCGAAUUGAAAGGGGCCGGAGCCUUGCUCUGAAUCAUCUGCUUCAAGGUUCGUUGGGAGCAGCAGAGCUGAUUUUGGAGCCGGAAUUGUUGGAGUUGUUGGAGGGAUUAUUGGAACUGCAUUUGGAUCAUCAUCUUGAGAGGUAGGACGAUUGCUUGUCGAUUGGUUUGUGCUGUUCUCCUCCAUCAUCAAUCAACCUCUUUUGUCUCUCUGCCGCGGCCGCGUUUCCCAAGCCUGUGGACGAGCGCACAGUUGCUCACUCCGGCCGCCUAGACGGUGAUGAUUGCUGCUUUGGUCAAGAGGAAAGGACAAGGAGAAUGAUUGCUGAGCAGCCGGCAGUGCUUUGUGAAUGGUCCAGAAUUCCCUGGUACCAGCGAUGUGAAAUAUCCAAGAAAGAGGGAGAUCAAGUGUAUCGUUGUCUGGAAAGGAAGAAUUGGAAGAUGGACAUGGAAAGGAGGACAGAGAGGUGACUUGUCUGUUUUGCUCAUUUGUUAUUUCAUUGCAUGUCCAUUCAAUGUCCAAACAGAAAAAGCGCAAGAGCAUGCAGAGGCAGUAGUAUUAUGGCAUGCGGAUGAAUGGCCCUAGCACUCUUAAAAAAAUGGCAAUUGUUGUGGUUUUUUGAUGAA